GAGAAAUUUCGCGAUCACGAAAGCGUGCGACCGCAGACGUUUAAUUAAUUGCAGCAAUCCCAACCGAAUUUCCAUAUUUUGUCGUCCUGACGCAAUCACCAAGCACACCGCCGCCGACUACCGCACCCACUCAUCCCCUCCACCGUCAACAUACACCAACCCCCCGACACAAUGGCAUCCGUAAUGACCCCCUCGUCGCACCACCGCCAGACCCUGGCGGGCCCGGCGCCGUCCAUGGCGGACCAGCUGCCGGCCAUCGACUUUGGCUUUGACGAGCUGCGCGACCGCAUGGCCAAGUUCACCGCGCGGUUCGACGCCUUCAUCGAGCAGGGGCGCAAGCGCGUGCUGGAGGAGCGCAACCACUUUCGCAUGAACGUAGCCGAGCUACAGGAGGACCAACGCAUGAAGAAAAAGGACAUCGAGAUCGUCCAGCUCAAGACCAACACGCACCAGCACACCAUGGCCAAGGAGGCGGCCGAGGCGCGCGAGAUGCAGGCCUCGAUCGCGGCCCUCAGCGAGCAGCGCGACCGGCAGGCCGCGGCGCGCGACGAGCUCAGGGCCACCAUCGCCGCCGCGCAGCGCGAGGUGGACGCGCGGCUGGCGGCGCAGGCCGAGCACGCGCGCAGGAGGGCCGGGCAGGCGCGCUUCAACGUGCCCGAGCUGGACUUUUGGGUCACCAACCUGUGCCUGCGCAUCGAGGGCGCGGGGAGGGACGACCGGCUCAAGUUUGUGUUUACGCACGUCGACGAGC